AGUAAUCUGAUAAAGGCUGUUCAACGUGCCUAUGAACGCACAGGCGGGCGAAGGGCGGAACUUGGGUUAUAUGCAUACACCCUUACACACACCCACACACACUCACACACACAUAUACACGCAAGCAGACGCACGCACACACUCACGGUACAGAGGGCAGAGACAAGUUGGGAGCUGCUCAGCGCACGAAGUGAAAGAUAUACAUACUAAAGAUACAGAAGAUGCACCCUUGAUGGUACCGUGGUAGCGACAGAGAAAAGUAGUUUGCUACAUCUAUUUCUGAAAUAUUUCCCCAUACCCAGGAACAGUAGCUAUGUCGAAUGAGAUGCAUGUCCCUCUUCUCUUGGAUGAAUUGGACACAGUUGAUGCAGUGCAUGUGACUCCAGCUUCUUCCACUGUGGCUAUACUGGGUUCCGGUGACUUCUCACGCUCCUUGGCUAUGCGCCUGGUGGCAUGUGGGUUUGGUGUGGUGGUGGGGAGUCGCUGUGUGAGGCGCAUCUCUCCUGGUCUGUUUCCGGAUGCGGUGGAGCUGAACAGUCAAGAAGCGGCAGUAGCCAAAGCUAAGAGUCUAGUCUUCAUGGCCCUGUUCCCUGAGUACUAUCCAUCCCUGCUGGGCCUCAGGUCAGCACUGGCUGGAAAGAUUCUAGUGGACGUGAGUAAUGCUGUGGCGAUGAACAGCAAGCAACCAUCUAAUGCAGAGCAGCUUGCAGAGAUGUUCCCAGACAGUGUGGUUGUUAAAGGCUUUAACACAAUUUCUGCCUGGUCUCUGCAGACUGGUGCACAGGAUGGUAACAAGCAGGUGCUGCUGUGCAGUGACAGUACAGAAGCAAAGCAUGAAGUGGGCCAGCUCGCCCGGCGCAUGGGCUUCUACCCAGUAGAUGUUGGCGGCCUGUGCUGUGCACAGAAUCUUGAAAGAAAGCCCUUGCAUCUCUUCCCGUCAUGGCGUGGCCCUGUCCUCACCACCUUCCUGCUCUUCUUUUUCUUCUACUGCUAUGGAUUUAUCCGUGGGAUUCUUCUGCCAUACUUAGCCUAUGGACAAAACUCCUUUUACAGGAUAGUCCUUGACCUAGUGAACGAAAGCCUGCCAUGCGUGGCGCUGGUCAGUCUGGCACUGGUGUACCUGCCGGGGCUGUUUGCAGCAUGGCUGCAGCUGUGGAGAGGCACCAAGUACCAGCGUUUUCCCCGCUGGCUGGAUGCCUGGCUGCUGCGGAGGAAACAGCUUGGCUUACUGAGUUUCCUGUGUGCUGCUCUGCAUGGAGUGUACAGCCUCUGCCUUCCACUCCGUACCAUCACGCGACGCAGGCUCAUCAACGCUGCUUUCUCACAGGUGAAGUCAGGUGUGGAGAUGCCAUGGGAUGAACAGGAUGUAUGGCGCACUGACCUCUAUGUGUCCAGUGGAGUGUUAGGUCUGGGUAUCCUCUCCCUGUUGGCUAUCACAUCUCUACCCUCAGUGGGCAACAUCCUCACAUGGAGGGAGUUCACCUUUAUUCAGUCUGGACUAGGAUAUGCUGCUUUGACUCUCUCUGUCAUGCACACAUUGGUGUUAGGCUGGAAUUUUGCCUUCUCCUCCCAGUCCUAUGCUUUCUACAUGCCACCCAGCUACAUGCUUGCUGUGGCUCUCCCAUGUGCUGUGCUGGUGUGCCGCUGUUUCCUGCUGCUGCCAUGUGUCUCCGCCAAGUUAGCACGCAUACGCCGGGGCUGGGAAAGCACACGCAAAUGCCCUGUGUCACAGCACCACCGAGUGCAGGCGAACAGGACAGUUCCACAGGUCUAGGUGGGACAGUCAGGUGACAUUGAUGAUGCAGUUACUGGUUAAUAACAUUAAUACAUACAGCAUUAAUUAGCACUUACAUAAGGUUAACACUGUAGACGUUUUAAAGACUCAGUAGUCUUGUGGGCUGCAACCAGAAUAGUGGCUGUCGUGUUCUCUAGUUUUAUUGGAGGAAUAAACAGCACACGAAAACACCUGUCGACACACUCACUAGCCUAGCAUUUAUUCUCUUCCCCACAACGCCCCCCCCCCA